AAAGUCUCGUUCACGGUAUUCUGUGUGCUUCCUCAUUUGCUCAAACGCGUGCGGGCGUUCUCUACACUGACGUUUGACAGCUGAGUGUGUAAUAAUAUAAAUCAGAAUAUUUCUCUCCCUGAGGGGGGGGAGAUUGAAAAAUAGUGUAUGAAAAUAAGUGAGACGAAGUGAGAGCGAGUGUGUGUGUGUAUGUGUGUGUGUGUGUGUGUGUAAAAAAGGUUAAAUUUAGUUUAACCGGUGAUAUCGGGCCGCUGAAAUUUGCAGUCUUCUACAAACCGGCUCGGGAGUUCCAGGCCCGAAAUUUCGUGGUGUUCGUCGUUUCCACAGACAUCUGCCAAAGGUUCUCAAUAAAAAGUGUGUGUGCGUGUGAAAGUUCAUAAUAAUCCGAGUUAAAUAAUUAAAAAAUAAAAGCCCUCUCGAUAGUUGGUCGCGGCGCGGUCUAGCGAAGAAGUUGUGGCAAACAAAAGAGUGAGCGAGGAGAAAAAAUAGCCGGUAAAAUAAAAGUUAUUUGUCGAGUGCUUCCGGCUCCUCGUGGGAGCUGCUCCAUCUGCCUCGAAAAAUGGAAAAUAAUUCGAUUUUCCAUCCGCAGUACGAACAACAAUCAAUCGGGGAAGGUUUUUCGAUCGAGUCUAAACAAAAUGCGUCAUCCGCUCCGACUAAUGAGUCGGGUUUGACCGGUGGAAAAACGAUAAAACGUGAGAACGAUUCGAUGGACGAUUUCGAGCAUUUGGAGCACGAAAUAUCGCCGAACGACGAGUCACGAGCCGAUAUUAAAAACGUUCUUGACGUAACGUCAAUGCAAUUGAUAGAUUUUCCACAUGCUUCCAAGAGUGAAAAAAUAAUAUCCGAGGGCUGUGCAACGGAAGAAUUAACAACGUUAGCGAGUAAACUCGAGCGCAAUAUACUCGACACUAGUAUACCGGCUGACGAGAGAAUUCUACAGCCCGUGCCCGCGACCCCGCCACCUUCAGCGAAUUACGAAAAGUACGAGGAGCCUGAACGACGAGAGAGCUACGAGGACGAGGAGGAUACAACGAGCCAAGUGUUGGUCGGGAGUGCGCAGACGUUCAGCGGUAUUGUCGGGCAGGACCGCGAUCCGAAGGAUCAACACUAUCCUCACGAUUAUAAUAAUCAGUUAACGAGUAAUACGAUUGAACGGGACAACGGUACGAUCGGUGCGAUGGAUUCGAAAGCUGCGACAAUGGCUUUUAUGGAGACGGAGAAAGCGAGCAACGAUUAUCAUCAAUCGGAGCCGCUGAGCAUUGAUACGAAGAUGGAACACGAAGCGAAGUCCUUGAUAGGAUUAGAAAAUCGUGAUGAACGAGUUUUCGGGGACGAUAAGUCGCAGGUCGGAGAAUUCCGCGAUCAUUUUCGUGCGGAGAGUGAGGAGACAGCGAGCGACUUGACAGCUCGUUUGUCCCCGGCGAAAUUCGAGAACAAAUGCGCCAUGGAUUCGGGCAUCGAGGAUGCCAGUGUCAAUACAACAAAGGACAGAUCGGUUUCACCAAAGAAAAGAAAUUUCAACGAGGAGAUCGACGACGACAGUGAGCACGACGACAAACACGACGAAGCAGCUCUUUCGUCUCAAAAAAACAACGAUUUUUUGAGCAACAUCGAGUCUUCCGUCCUCCCCGUACCAGAAAAAUCGCCCGAAUACGAUUUUCUCGCUGGCGAGACAUCACCCAACGUCGAGAUUAAAAAAUCGACAAACGAACCGAAAAGUCUCAUCGAGGACGAUACGUGGAACGUCGUGGAGCGUCCGGAAACCAAGAAUUCUGCUUCGUUCGUGAAUAAAGAGAUCGACACUGGCGAGGACACGUUCAAAGCUCAGAGAGAUUAUUACAAUGAAGCACCCACCAAACCCUUACCGCCCUUACCGAGGAACGACAACGACGACGAGGACAAUGAACACUUCGCCAUACGGAACGAAUACGAGAGGGAGCGCUUGCACGACGAAACUUUCGAAAUGUCCAACGACUUCGUGAGCUCCGCUCCCGGCAAAUCUAAAGGGCAACAGCACAGCGGCGCAGAAACCGGAGAUUCAGAGUUUGAAUCUGCCCCAGAACAAUCGCCUGCUAAAACAUCCGCAAGAUCUACCGCCAACGAAACCAGCACGCAUUACACCGGGAGAAAAGUCAAUGCCGAUGAUAUCGCGCCAAAGCCAAUAUUCACCGACAUGGGUCUUGACGCAUGGUUUAACCCGGAAAGACUGAACCCGAAAGUGGCUGCGUUAAUCUAUUGGCGUCAACCGGAAAAGACUGGAGUCGUCUUUGGUGCGGUGCUCGGUGUACUUUUGUCGCUGGCCUAUUUCAGUCUGAUCAGCGUUUUUGCGUAUCUGUCGCUUCUCACGUUAUGUGGAACCGUGGGCUUCCGCGUGUACAAGACUUUCAUGCAGGCCGUUCAAAAAACGUCUGACGGACAUCCGUUCAAAGACAUUCUUGAGGUAGAUUUGACGCUACCGGCUGAGAAGGUGCACGAAGUUGCUGACGUCGCUGUCGCGCACGCCAACGCGGCUGUUGCUGAAUUACGUCGACUCUUCCUCGUCGAAGAUUUCAUCGAUUCGCUCAAAUUCGGUGUCGUUCUGUGGACCUUCACUUAUCUCGGUUCUUGGUUCAACGGAAUGACCCUCAUAAUCAUUGGAGUGGUCGCGCUUUUCACCCUUCCCAAAGUUUACGAGACGAACAAGGCGCAAAUCGACCAGAACUUUGCCCUCGUCCAUGGCAAAAUCAACGAGCUUACAGCCAAAGUAAAGGCAGCCAUUCCUCUCGGCAAGAAAUCCGAGCCGACGAAGGAGGAGUAAGGUUAAUCUAAGAUCGAGCGAUCAUUUUCGACUGUAAUUGAAGAGUACGAGAGGGAGUGAGGGAGGAAGAGAAUGGAUUGAUAUUAACGAGACGAAUGUAGCGAAGAGUGCAGAGAGAUCGUACGAAAUUAAUAAAUUUCUGUAUGAAUCUUUGAGAAAAAACAAACAAAUAAAGAGAAAAACGGGAACGAGAAGACUUUAGAGAUCGAUAGAGAGCGUGGAGCGUCGUUAUUUCGAACGAGUUUCAUAUGUCGAGUAAGAGACCACUCCCCGUUGAUCGGGAGGCUGAAACGAAACGAAUGAAAAUGUGGAGGACCGAUGAGAUGACGAAAAAGAUAUUCAAGAGCAGGAGUUCAGAACAUGCUCUCAAAAAAAAAAAAAAAGAACGAAAAGAAGGAAAAAAGGUGGAAAAAUGAUCAUUUUUAGAGAUUAAUUAAUUGUUCGGUAUUACGAUACGAUGAUGUAAUAUUUACAGUGCAAUGGGGAGGCUCCUGUCCGAGGUAGGACUUGCAAAUUUUCGUUUUCCUUUUUCGAAAAUUUCUCGAGAUUUACCUCGCGAAAGGAGAGCAAAAAGCACCGAGAUAACACUCACGAAACAUCUCCCCGCGAGAGUUUUCCUAACCCAUCAAUUUGUCCGCUCCUUCACCGGCUCCGCUAAAAAAAUCGUCGCCAACACCCGUCCUUCGAGAGAUCAAAUAAAAAAGCGAGAAAGUAAAAGAAGAACAACCGAAAGGAGAUGAAAAAGUAACAAACACAAAACUUGAAUAUCCAUAAGUAUUAGAGUUAUAAUCACUCGAUUCGCCGCAUUGUCUCAUGACGAUCACUCGAGACAUCAUUCAGAAAAAACAAAUAAAUUUAACAGAAAAUCGAAAAAAAAAAAAAUACAAAACGAACAUUUCCGUUCGUAUUAAUCGUAAAUGAGGAAAAUUCACAAUUUUUCUAUGCAGCGGAGGUAAGCUUUCGUUACGUUCGUUGUUGUGAGUUUGCACGUAAUGUAGAAUAAAAAAUAAAACAAACAAAAAAAAAAACAAAAACAGAAGAAAACGAAGAAAAAUAAACGAUUGGCUAUGUGACGAAGAUAAAAAAAGUCGUAGAAAAGACGAAAAAGCUUGAGCGUGCGAAGAGUAUAACAUUAUAUAUGUGCUGUGUUGAGCCGUAAGAGAACCUAUAGAUAAAAAACCAUCUAAUAAUGCGCUUGACGAUAUUGUUUCUUUUUUUAUCUUUAGUUUUUUAAGAUAUUAAUAUAGCAUAAACGUGCAGCGAUCAUCGGCGUGUUUUUUUUUUUUGUUUUUUUGUUUUUCGUUGUUGACGCGAUUAAAGAUUAAAUGAGUAAAGAAAACAAAAGUUAAGUUGACAAAAAAAAAUAUGAAAAGAAAUAGAAAAAAGAAUAAAGAAAAGGGAAUAUACGAACGAAUAUAUUGUAUCGGACACUUAAUCAUGUUGAGAAUUGCGAAAUAUCAUCUCUACUAUUAUAUUAUUGUAAUUAUACACGUAAUAUAUUGUAAAACAAACGUCUGAAUUAUAUAAUAACAAAAAAAAGAAACGAACACACACACAUACACUCACGAGGAAUAACCGAAAGAAAAAAAGAAGCAAGAAUGAAUAAACUCGGAUGGUAAAACGGUUUGGGAAACACGUUAGAAAUGCUAUUUGGUGAAGAUGCAACUUUAUAUUAUAUCACGAUAUCUCUAUAUAUCUAUAUGAAUUAUUAUCGAACCACGUGUUUUUAUGAGGACGAUGGCUAAAACGUGUUGAGAAUGAGAAUUGUAAUACUACGCGUACCCGCUUAUUGACGUUUUCAUUAUUGCAUCUGCAUCCGCACGAUUAAUUUAUAAAUAAAAAUACAAAAGAAAAACAA